AUGGCAGAUUCCAACCGGCCUGACCACCCUGGCCCACCAAAUUCACCACCUCCUGUCAACCCACCUGUCGACAGUCUUCUCGAAAAUGACAUCGCCAACCAGCAUUCUGCCAGUCAACCGAGCUCACAAGUCCCAUCAGCCGCUCCCGCUCAACUUCCAUUUGUUCCAUUCUAUCACAAAUAUCCUCCAUCUCAUGCGCCUCCACAGCCAUUUUCCUCGCCCGAUCACCAAAACAAUUCUAGUCUUUCCGCUCAGGGGAGUUUCGCAAUGACGGGUUAUGGAGAUAACUCUCUGUAUGUUCCGCCAGGCAACGGAGGCAUGUGGGUGCCAGGAGAAUAUCCUGCUGUAAAUUUGACGGGAGACCCGAGAGGUGAUACGCGGGGCAUGAAUGCCUCCAAUGCAGGGCAAUGGAAUGGGCCAUCGGCAGCAGUUCCUUCUCUAGACCAUAAUUGGAACCAACAACAGCAACAAAGUCUUGUUCCACAACCUCCUCACCACGCACCUCCUUACUCCUACCCCAUCCAGCAACCCAUUCCUCAUUACCCUCAAACCAACAAUCCCUAUUUUGGCCCUCCACCCCCUCAACAAAAUACUCCAUAUCAGCCUCGACCCUAUUCUUUCCAACAUGUACCUCAAUAUGCACCGAAUUUUUACCCACCUCCUCACUCCUACCCCAUUCAACAACCCAACGCUCAUGACCCUCCAACCAAUAACCCCCCUUCCCACCCUCCUCCUCAAGACACUACUGCAAACCAAUCGCAAAAUCUUUCUUCUCAACAACCAUCUCAACACGCACCUCCUCCUCUCUCCCAGUCCGUUCAACAACCCAGUGGUCUUAAUCCUAAAGCUCUCGAUUUCAUCCCCCAAUCUUCUCAACCUACACACUCGCAAACUAGGAUGCAUCCUCGAGUACUGCCGACUUCCCAAGCAGACUGUCGACCAUGCCAGAUCCGAUCCCGCAGCGUUAAUCCCCCACCUGACCACUCAAUACCAACUUGGUGUGGCACCUGCUAUAACAGGCUGAAUUAG